AAUGACACCAAGGUAGUGCAGUUCUUGUACCAGAAUAAUCCUGCACCUGUAGUCCAGCCUGGCUUGGGGGACCUUGCAGUCAUCAUGCGGCUUGCAUUGGAUUCAACCUACAAUGACUUCUAUGGCGCUCAGGAUUACCCUGUUGUGAAGUACUUGCGAAGACCCUUGUAUUUUGAGGUAGAGAUCCUGUACAGCAGGGAUCCACAGGCUGAAUUGUUUUUGGAGAACUGCUGGGCAACCUAUUCUGCUGACAGGAAUAGCUCUCCAAAGUGGGAUGUUGUUGUGGACAGUUGUGAGAACUCUGCAGAUGAGUACUUGACCAUCUUUCACCCAGUCUCCAGCAAUGCAAGAGUGCUGUUCCCUUCCCAUCUGAAGAGGUUUGAAGUGAAAAUGUUUUCCUUCAAGCGGCCGGGAUGCACUGAAAGGACAGAUUUACUUCCACUGCAGUGUUGUGAUAUGUGAUUCAAACCGGCCAUCAGACAGCCUCUGUAGGAGACGGUGCAUUCCAGGGAAACAGAGGCUUGGUCGCAGUGCUGAAGGGAUGGAUGGUGGUGCAUUAAAGGUGUUUGUGUCUUCUGGCCCAAUUGAGCUGAAGAGAGAUGGGUACCUUCACUUUAUGCCUAGAAGUGGUAAUAUGCAUGAUGUGAACACAAUUGCAGUUCAAGUAAAAUAUAACACUUUUUAUUCCUCUAACUAUUUCUUUGUUCUCUUGCAGGCCAAUUCAA